AUGACAUUCAUACCAAACUGGGAAGAAUUUGAAAAAUCUGCAGAGAUGCUAUAUUUACGUGAUCCAGUUAAUACACGAUAUAGCAUGAAAUACUCGCACUCUCAGGGGGUGUUCUUAAUUAAAAUAACAGACAACAAAAAGUGUCUCCAGUAUAAAACUGAAAUUCAACAAGAUGUUAGAAAGAUAGAUAAUUUUAUAUCAAACUUGAUCAGGCAUAUGGCUUCAAAUGAAGCUUAA